UAUAUCUAUUUAAAAGAAAGUUUUUACAUUUUAAAUAAAACCAUGAAGUAUUUAAAAAAAUUCUCUUGGCUUAGGCUUACAACAUAAAACUGUCGAUAAAUUGGCAGAGGAAUUGAAUCUACCAUCUUCACAAUUGCUUGGUCUAUUCAAUCGUAUAAUACGUAAAUCGAUUCAGUAUUUCAACAGAGUCGCGGAAAAAUAUAUCGAAAGCACUAUGUUGCCCAAAGAAUCGAGUAAUGGAGAAAUAAAACUGGAUCCUUUAGGUGGACAAAAUUUACGCGAAGAAUUAGAAAGCGCAGCUAAGGAAUUAAAAAUUAAACAAAAAGGAGAAUUAGAAAAACUGAAGAAAGAAAAUUUGGAGCAGUACGCUAUCAAAGGAUCAAGAGCAGAAUGGACUAGUGCGUUAUCGGGCAAGCAUAGUAAACAUCUUAUCUCUAUAAAGACUGGUGAAAAACGAGCUUCAGGAGAUGAUAGUAUUCAAGAAUCUGAUAAAAAGCACACCAAAAAAAAAGAGAAACGUACAUAA